AUGUCGUCCAAUCCGUCACCAGAGAGCGUCGCCUCAGGCAACACCGCGGAUCCUGGGAUAGCACCCCGCCAAGUCGUCCAACGAGCAGAUGGCACAGAUGUCGAACUCGUCAGCUUUCCUCCGGGAGACCCUAAAAAUCCGCGUAACUGGCCGACAUGGCGGAAAUGGUCCAUCGUGAUCGCGAUCACGCUCAUUGAUCUCACAGUCAGCUUCACAGCGUCUGGGUUUUCGCCUGCAGCUGAGAAGUUCGCCAAGGACUUCGGGGUGUCAGGUGAAGUCGGAACGUUGGGAUUGAGCCUGUAUUAUGGACGAUCUCCUAUUUACAUCAUCUCCUACGGCGUCUUCCUGUUCUUUGUACUCGGUACCGCCCUCGUCCACAAUCUGGGUGGCUUUCUAGUCCUGCGAUUCCUAUCUGGAUGGUUCUCUGCUGUGACGAUAGCCAACUUCGGAGGAACAAUUGCGGACAUAUUUGAACCGCACGAAACAGGACCAGCUAUGAGUCUUUUUUUGUGGGCGGCUACGGUAGGGUCUCCGUUAGGCUACUUCCUCUUCUCUUGCAUUGCGCAGUACAAAGGUUGGAGAGAUAUUUUCUGGGCUCUGCUCGGAAUAUGUGGCGGCCUCUGGUUGAUCAUGACUGCGACGCUGAAGGAGACGAGACACAGUGUAUUGCUUCUUCGGCGUGCAGCCCGUGAGAGAAAGCAAAGAGGUACAGAUGCUAUUGAAGUCCCAGAUUCGAUGAAGCAGAGAGGACCGCGGAAGUUGUUCAAGACAGCGCUCUUGAGACCGUUCAGGUUUCUCUUCACAGAAGCCAUCAUUUUCUUUGGAGCGUUAUACAAUGGCUAUCUCUAUGGGCUCAGCUUCCUCUUCAAUGGUGCUUUCUCAUUAGUGUUCGGGAUGGGAGGCCAUGGGUUCGAUGUCCUUGGUGUUGGACUUACAUUUCUCGGGAUCGUCGUGGGCAUCAGCAUUGGCCCAAUCACAAAUAUCUGGCAAGAACGAUAUUACCAGCGGAGAAUUGCGCAGGUGGGCGGUAAGAACGUGCCAGAGGCACGUGUACAGUUGGGUCGAAUAGCCGGAAUUAGUGAGUGA